GUAUUGACGUUUCAUUUUUGGGGGCGGGCAUCAUCUUCGAUUAACCGAAAUACAAUUAAAAAUGCUGUAAUUCGUUAAUCCUCAUUAGUAUUUGGUCAGCUAUUCAAAUACUAACACCUCAUGUUUGCAUCCAAAGAAUAGCAGGGUACAGUCAAGAUGAUCGGUGGGUUGUUCGUGUACAACCACAAAGGCGAGGUGCUGAUCUCGCGGGUGUACCGCGAUGACAUCGGGAGGAACGCUGUGGACGCGUUCCGGGUGAACGUGAUACACGCGCGGCAGCAGGUCCGCUCGCCCGUCACCAACAUUGCGAGGACCUCGUUCUUUCACAUCAAGCGAGCCAACAUAUGGCUGGCAGCAGUCACAAAGCAGAAUGUGAAUGCGGCCAUGGUGUUCGAGUUCCUCCUGAAGAUCAUUGAUGUGAUGCAGUCCUACUUCGGCAAGAUCUCGGAAGAGAACAUCAAGAACAACUUUGUUCUUAUCUAUGAACUUCUUGAUGAGAUCCUGGACUUCGGAUACCCUCAGAACUCGGACACAGGAGUCCUGAAGACAUUCAUCACUCAACAGGGCAUUAAGUCUGCCUCUAAGGAAGAACAAGCUCAAAUCACCUCCCAGGUGACAGGGCAAAUUGGAUGGAGGCGCGAGGGAAUCAAAUACAGACGCAAUGAGCUCUUCCUUGAUGUGCUGGAAUACGUCAACCUCCUCAUGUCGCCUCAAGGGCAAGUACUAUCAGCUCACGUAGCUGGCAAAGUGGUGAUGAAGUCGUACCUGUCGGGCAUGCCGGAGUGCAAGUUCGGCAUCAACGACAAAAUCGUCAUGGAGGCCAAGGGCAAGGGGAAUGGUGGCAUCUCCGGCAACACGGACAGCGACCCGGCGCGGUCCGGCAAGCCGGUGGUCGUCAUCGACGACUGCCAGUUCCACCAGUGCGUCAAGCUCAGCAAGUUCGAGACUGAGCACAGCAUCUCCUUCAUACCUCCCGACGGGGAGUUUGAACUCAUGAGAUACCGCACAACAAAAGACAUCUCGCUGCCGUUCCGCGUGAUUCCCCUCGUGCGAGAAGUGGGCCGCACCAAGAUGGAAGUGAAGGUGGUCCUCAAGAGCAACUUCAAGCCUUCGCUGCUCGGACAGAAGAUUGAAGUGAAGAUACCAACCCCACUUAACACCAGCGGGGUUCAGCUGAUCUGCCUCAAGGGGAAGGCUAAGUAUAAGGCAUCUGAGAACGCGAUAGUAUGGAAGAUCAAGCGCAUGGCGGGCAUGAAGGAGACUCAGCUGUCGGCGGAGAUCGAGCUGCUGGAGACGGACACCAAGAAGAAGUGGACUCGCCCGCCCAUCUCCAUGGGCUUCGAGGUGCCCUUCGCGCCCUCGGGCUUCAAGGUCCGCUACCUAAAAGUGUUCGAGCCCAAACUGAACUACUCUGACCACGACGUGAUCAAAUGGGUGCGCUACAUCGGCCGCUCCGGCCUCUACGAGACCAGAUGCUAGACUACCGAUUAAUUUCUUGAAUCGAACUCGAAGCUACAAAAGGCGCGUUACAUACUGUUUAUAAUAAUGUUAACCGGGCCAGCAAGAUAAAAUCAAUUCUAUGGCCAUUGAGUUAAAGUUGGAAGUCGCUCAAACAUUGUAAUCUGUUAAGGGCAUUGUGUUGAACUGAAACCAGCCAGCAAAUAAUUGGACCAUGAAAUUGGGCCCUUAUCAGAAUAUACAAGUUGAAACUGUGAAAAAGACAUAUAUUAAUAUUCGCACGGCUCUUGACACUGACUUUUCAGCUAAUUCAUUUGUUUAAAGAAGUUUCCUAACAUCAAAGUUAUGAGAUUUUUAUUUUAUUUUUUAAAUUUUAAUAUUUUUAAGUAGAAUAAUCUUUUUUUUUAUGCCUGUGGCGGAUACUGGGUAAAAUAUAUGAUAUGUUUUGUAUAUGAUUCUUAGAGGGCUGGCAAUGAAUGACAUUUUAAAAAAUUUGUUUGUCAUUGUGUUUUCAUAAAUGGCUUAAGGUCUUAUACGAGUACAAUGUACCUGUAUGGACAGAUUCUGAGCAGCACUUAAUCGGCCAUCUACUACUAAAGUAUACAUAUAUGGUGUAUACAAUUGAAAUCAGUCCUCUAAUGAUUAUAUAUUGUUUUGUUAUGUACACACUAUAAUAUAACAUGUAUUUGUAAGCCACAUCGAAUCUCAAAAUGAAAUGUUUUUAUGAAAUCUUAUAUUUAUUAUCAUUUUGAUUGUGGUGACACAAGUAGGAAUUAAAUUAUAAUACAUCUGUAUAUUUUAUGCGAUUUAGGAUUUUAUUGCAUCGUUAGGUGCUUAUUUGUAUUCGACCAAAAAUGUAAGUAUUAUUAUAUUAUUGCAGUAAUUUGUCCAAGUUACAUAUGUAUGUAGUAUAUCGUUUUUGAAUACUUAUCCACUCUAUAUUGUGGGAUAUUCAUAUAAACAAAAAGGGGUAUUAUUUAGGUUAUUUAUAAAACUCUUAAGGCCU